CUAGGUUACGUAAAAGUAAUUAAAUUUGAAUUGUAAUCGAAGAUUUUAUAAAAAAACGUGGCAAUACAUGUCGAAUGUAAAGUAAAGGAUCGUGUAAUAUAGCUUACAAGAAAGUUACAACUUAUCAAGAUGACAGUCCAUAUAUCAUCCACUAAAAGUAAACAACUUCAGUUGUUGCAAAGAUCACAGGAAAGAGCAAAUUGUUGUCUUAAACAAAGAGAAUAUGGCAGAGCAUUGGCUCAUAUGUUGAUCAUUCUUAAAAUUAAUCCAAGUUUAAAAGAUGAUUUGAAAUCUGAUUUUGUUUUUGCUGUAGGUAAGAAUAAUAAAAAGCACUGUACUGUUGAAUAUGGGACAGCUUCCAUGGCCAAAAUAUUUGAAUUGUGUAAAACAACCAGAUUACAGGCAUUUGCGCAUGCGCUUUACAGAGCACCAACCUCAUGCAGUUUAGUUCGUGGAUGCUACAAACCAAAAUAUCAUAUAACGCUUCCAAUGAUUCUAUCUGGGACCAGCACAGCUUCCCUAUCAUCAAAUGUCACUACACGCCACUGGUUACUUGUAUUAGAGGUUAGUGUAACAGUUAUGAAAGAAAAUUUACUUGAAGUUACAAAUGACAAAUUAAAAGCAGGAAUACCUGUAUCAUCUGAAAAUCAACCUUCUACUAGUCUUCCAAUGUUUGCACAAUCAGAUUUUAAUGAUACAAAGAAAGAAACUGAUCAAGAAUUAACAAGUUGCACAAAUUUUAAUCAAGUUAAUAAAUUUGGUAAAGUUAUUCCUCAUGCAGCAAGGAUUUGGAUUUCAUUAAUAGAAUGCAGUUGGAUAAGGAAAUGUUCUUUGGUUCAACAAAUUAAAUUAGUUCCUAUAGAUUUUGGUGAAAUGAUUAUUUCAUCAGAAGAUAAUCCUGAAGAACCUUACACAACUGAAAAUUUAACAAGUAUUCCUGAAGGUUAUAAACUUCUCACUGACCCUGCUUUUUUAUACUUUCUCAUUGUUACGGCUAACUGGAAUCUUAGCCAGGUACAAGUUCAAAUGUUCUAUUAUUCUUUAUUAUAUAGAUUGGGACAUAUUGAUGAAGCCGCUUCAUAUUUUCGCAAAGCUCUUAAUUUAAAUCCAGAUUUUGCUCCAGCCAGAAUUAGUUUAGAAAAUAUUUGUAAUAUAGUUAUUGAAAGAUGGCAUUUUAUAAUGCUUAACGAUAAAAAAAGAAAUAUCACUUACCAGUGUGCUAUUGAAAGAGCUGUUCGGGAUGGUUAUAAAACAAUUUUAGAUAUUGGAACUGGUACUGGAAUUUUAAGGUUAAUUGCUUUCUGUAUCAUUUACCUUAUUAAUACUCUAUUGGGACAUAUUGAUGAAGCCGCUUCAUAUUUUCGCAAAGCUCUUAAUUUAAAUCCAGAUUUUGCUCCAGCCAGAAUUAGUUUAGAAAAUAUUUGUAAUAUAGUUAUUGAAAGAUGGCAUUUUAUAAUGCUUAACGAUAAAAAAAGAAAUAUCACUUACCAGUGUGCUAUUGAAAGAGCUGUUCGGGAUGGUUAUAAAACAAUUUUAGAUAUUGGAACUGGUACUGGAAUUUUAAGAUUGGGACAUAUUGAUGAAGCCGCUUCAUAUUUUCGCAAAGCUCUUAAUUUAAAUCCAGAUUUUGCUCCAGCCAGAAUUAGUUUAGAAAAUAUUUGUAAUAUAGUUAUUGAAAGAUGGCAUUUUAUAAUGCUUAACGAUAAAAAAAGAAAUAUCACUUACCAGUGUGCUAUUGAAAGAGCUGUUCGGGAUGGUUAUAAAACAAUUUUAGAUAUUGGAACUGGUACUGGAAUUUUAAGGCCUAUGAUCCUAGCCAUCUCUUUAAUGUUCAGUCUUCAUUUGCUCAAAGCAACAUCAUGCAAUUUAUCAAUUAUUUUUGGAGUUGUUACAGUUUUUGAUGGUCCAGGAUGUUCAUCAUCUUCAAAGCCCAUAUCAGCAUGUCUAAAUUGUGCAACCCAGUGGCAAAUUGAAACUUUAAUUAAAGGUCAUAUUAUGAAAAAUAAUUUUAUAUGUAAUUGGAAUGGAUCUCUGGAUGCCAUUGCAGUGUGGUUUGAUUUAUAUCUUGAUGAAGAUACCAUGUUAUCUACACAUCCUGGAUCGGAUGUUUGUUGGGAACAAGCUGUUUUUCCCAUUCGGCCUCAUCAUUUACAUGGGGCAUCUCAAAAAGUGUCAGUUGGUACACAUGUUGAAGUCCAAUUAUUAUGUGAAAAAUAUUUAAAAUUUGGAUAUAUACAUCUGAACCAAGAAGAAUCAUUUUCUCAAGAAAAAGAAUAUAUGUUUUUAGAUAGUAAAAUUAUUCAAAAAUUAAAUGAUGAUGUUGCAAAUAGUGCCAUUAUUUCUGCUAUAUACCAAAGUGUUUCUGAAAAUAAGAAUUUAAAGCUUAUAGACAUGACGUUAUUUGCUUGGCCUGCAUUGAUGAUUUGUAAGCUUGGAGCAUCUGAAGCAGUUAUAACACAAUUACAGCUACAGGAGAAAAUAUGCAAGAUAAGAAAUUUAAGCAGUAUAAAAAAAGAGCAGAUUAAGUUCUCAUGUGUUGAAGAUCUCAGUGACUUCUCAACAUGUUUUUGGGACAUGUUAAUUGUAGAUUUAAUUGAUAUUAUGAAAAAUAAUUUUAUAUGUAAUUGGAAUGGAUCUCUGGAUGCCAUUGCAGUGUGGUUUGAUUUAUAUCUUGAUGAAGAUACCAUGUUAUCUACACAUCCUGGAUCGGAUGUUUGUUGGGAACAAGCUGUUUUUCCCAUUCGGCCUCAUCAUUUACAUGGGAGUUUUUCAAAUUUGGUUGUUCAAAAAGCAUCUUGUUUAAAAGAGACAUGUAGAAUAGUUCCUUGUAAAUUGAAAUCAUAUAUGAUAUUAAUACAGAGCCCAGCAUUGUUAUUACAAGCAAAACUUAUAGAUGACAGUCGUACCUUGAAUUUCAAAAUAGCUGAAUUCAUCAAUAUAUUUCAAGCUAAAACCCAUCAGGAUAUACAUUUAUCAACCUUACAAUAUGAAAAAUUAAGUGAACCCGAGAUAAUGUGGGAAAUUGAUUUCAACGAACCAUUACCAAAAGAAGAAUUGCCAUCAUUUUUAAACAUCCAGACGGCAGUUGAUGUAAAAUUAAUUUCGUCGGGUCACCUAUCUGCCAUAGUUUAUUGGUUCGAGUUAGAUUAUGGGCGAGGUAAUAUUGUAAGCACUUUGGAUCCUAAUUGUUCUUGGGGCCAAGCGGCAGUAGUGCUGAAUGAUGAAAUAACAGUCUAUAAGGACAACGUGAUUACUUUAUACUGUACCUGCAAGAACAGUGUGGUAGAUGUUCAAUUAGAAGUAGCUUCAAUUUGUCCACAAGGCACAUCUACAGAUGCUCGUAUUGAGAGUUCUUCAAAUUAGAUAGUAUUUCCAAAAAAAUAAAUAAAUUUUUCAAAAUUUUCUACUCGAUGAUGAUGAGUAAAUGUUAUAUACAACAUUCUUUGUAAAAUGAUUUAAUAAUAUUUUAUUAAAUCAUUUUGGUACAUGUUUACCUGAAUGAUUUGUUUAUCAUUUUUCUAAAAAUCAAAAAUGAUCACUCAUCAGUAUUUAAGAAGAAAGUCAUGUUAUUAAUAACGAUUAUACUUUUGGAAAGAUAGAUUUAUGACUGUAUACAUUUUUAACUUUGUAUAACAAGUAUUUUCUAUGACUUAGAAGUAAGUGAAAAAGAAUUCUAAGAUUAAAUGGAAUAAAUUUAUAUUUUAUGGUAAAGCAUAUUUAAACACACUUACCAUUUUCAAUUCUUUGUAAAAUAUUCUGUAAAUAAUUUAUU